AUGGCAGACCCGGAAAAAAGGAACAUUUUGGGUACAACCAGAUUCCUCCGAUUCUCGCGUUGGACUAACCUCGUAAAUGGAGUGUCACGACUGAUACGACUGGCCCGAAGGUUACAACGCCAUAGAAAUAAAGAAGAGAGAGACGAUGAAGAAUCAGUAGUCGAAGCAAAGCGGUGUGCUCAAAUGCUUAUCAUCAGAAGCGUGCAAAGUGAAUCAUUUAAGGACGAAAUCCACUGCUCGAAGAAUAAGAAAAUUCUCUCGAAAUCGUCACAAUUACGGAGCCUUAACCCAAUCAUAGAUCCCGAGGGCAUCCUGAGAGUCGGAGGACGCUUACACUACGUUGAUUCGUCAUACGAAGAACGUCAUCCCGCUAUUCUUCCUUCGAAACAUCACAUCUCCAGACUAAUCGUUGAAAAUCUCCACGAGGAGGUAAAACACCAAGGUCGACACUUCACCCACGGAAUGGUCAGGGGAAAGGGAUUUUGGAUUGUCGGAGAAAAACGCUUGAUCAAUCGGGUUAUCCAUGAGUGCUUCACCUGCAGAAGGCUAAGAGGAAAGUUCCAACAGCAAAAGAUGGCUGAUCUCCCACCAGAACGCGUACACCCCUCUCCUCCAUUCACCAACAUCGGAAUCGACGUUUUUGGACCAUGGUAUGUCGUAGCCCGUCGCACCAGGGGAGGACACGCUUCGAGCAAACGGUGGGCGGUGCUAUUUACGUGCUUAGCAACAAGAGCCGUCCAUAUCGAGCCAAUCGAGAGCAUGGACACGUCAAGCUUUAUUAACGCACUGCGGCGGUUUAUGGCAAUUAGGGGUCCUGUUAGACUGAUACGUUCAGACCGUGGAACCAACUUCGUUGGCGCGCGCAACGAGUUCGAGGCAGCAUUAAAGGAAAUGGAUAGGAAUAUCAUCGAGUCCUACCUUACCUCGCAAGGUUGUACCUGGGAGUUUAACCCUCCUCACGCCUCGCACAUGGGUGGAGCGUGGGAACGCAUGAUCGGAGUCUGCAGACGCAUAUUGGACUCUGUACUACUGACAUCCCAAAUCACCCACUUAACGCACGAAGUGCUAUCCACCUUUUUGGCGAAGUCUCGGCGAUCGUCAAUAACAGACCACUCAUACCGGUUUCCAACGACCCUGCGGCUCCGGAAAUAUUGA